AUGAUCCGUCUUCUCGUCGCCUUUCUUUUCGUUUCGCUUGCUUCCGCUUUCAAUGUACUCGUUCUUUCGCCGGCUUUCGGAGGAAGUCACAUGAACUUUAUGGCUCACUUGGCAGAUACGCUCACGGAAGCAGGUCACAAUGUGGUCAGUUGAGGAUCCCCCUUCUUCCAUGCCCCCUCUCUUUUUCAGACAUUCUUGAUUCCCGUGGCAGACGAAGCAAGAAAGAAUCAACUGGGAGUGAAAGUCACAAAAGACGUCGUCAUCGUUGAGGUUUUGAGACGAAAAGUCAUUUAUCUGUUGCAUUUCAUUAUUUCAGCAAGACGAUGUGAUGAAGAAGGACACUCUGAUUGUGGAUGAUCAUAUGGACAUGAUGUGGACGGUCGACACGCAUGAUCCGAACUUCGAAGAGGUGUGCUUUUCUUCCAUUUGCAGUUCUCACAUCCUCUCCGAUUUCAGAUGUUAUUCUGGUUCAACACAAUAAUGGAGUUAUCGUGCGCCAACUUUUUGAGGAACACACAAGUGUUUGAGCAGAUGAAAGAACGCAACUUUGACGUGGCAAUUCUGGAGCCGCUCUCCGUGUGCGGACUGGGAUACUUCAAGCGGUUGGGCAUCGAGAAGACGAUCCUCGCUUCCUCUUGCUCUCUUUACGAUUUUGUCGUCCCGAACACCGGAGAGCCGGAAGAGCACAGUUAUGUUCCAUGUGAGUGAGGGAAACGGAGGGCAUUCUGAGUACAGUAACCGAGAGUUUCAGCACUUUCUGCUCAAACUGGAGAGCAAAUGAAUCUUUUGGAGAGGUACAAGAACUACAAACUCUCAAAGGUUUGUUGGAAUUUCGGACGGACGACAAGGAAUGUCUUUCAUUUUCAGGAAUCCAGACGGACAAUCGAGAGAUUGUUCGACAAGGAGACUGCAAUGUACCGUGAGCAUUUGGGAGAAGAUCUUCCCCAUUGGAGGGAGCUCCUUCCCGCCGCCUCAUUCUUUUUCACCAACUCGAAUCCAUACUUGGAUUUCCCUCGUCCUGUUCUACAGAAAACCGUCGCGAUCGGAGGAAUUUCGGUGAAUAUGGACAAGAUCCGAUCGCAGAAGAUUAACGAGAAAUGGGAUGAGAUACUCGAGAGAAGGGAGCGCAACAUGCUCAUUUCAUUCGGGUCAAUGGUCCAAUCGUAUCAAAUGCCUUCUGAAUGGAAGCAAAACGUUCUGAGAGUGAUCCGAUCCGAGCCGAACGUCACUUUCAUCUGGAAGUACGAAACGAACGACACCUCGUUCGCGCACGGCAUCGACAAUCUCGUGUUCUCUCAGUGGGUCCCCCAGACGGCCCUUCUCAACGACGACCGUCUGACGGCGUUCCUCACGCACGGAGGGCUCGGCAGCACGAACGAACUGGCUCAUUGCGGGAAGCCGGCAGUAACUGUACCAAUAUUCGGAGAUCAAGUUCGGAAUGCAAACAUGCUCGCGAGACACGGAGGAGCGAUAUUCGUGUGGAAGAACGAGCUGGGAGAUUUCGGAGUGCUCCGGAGAGCAGUUCACUCGAUUCUCUACGAUCGGAAGUACACGGAGAGCGCCCGUCAGCUGGCCUCCAUCCUUGAGAAUCAGCCCCACCAGCCAAAGGAUCUGGUGGUCAAGCACACCGAGUUUCUGGCCAAGUGAGUGAUCCGUUCCCUUCGAUCAUUCAUCUAUUUUUAUGCAGAUACGGUCCGUUCCCUCAAAUGGAUCCCUACGGUCGUAAACUGAAUGUUUUCGCACGCAAUUUCUUGGACGUCUAUGCUCUCGUGGCUUUAGGUUACACAGUAAUCGCCACUGUUUCCAUUCUCACUCUGAAGUUUGUGCUCUCCAAAGUUUCGAUUCGAAUCGUCAAGAAGAAGGAUUUCUGA